GAUGGAGGCUAUAAAGAAGAAGAUGCAGUCUAUGAAGGCGGAGAAGGAUAAUCUCAUGGAUCGGUGUGAUGCUAUGGAAUUGUCGAUGAGAGAGGCUAAAAAUCGUGAAAGUAAGACUGAAGAGGAAGUAAAUGAGCUCAACAACAAACUCAAAACUCUGGAGGUUGAGGUUGAUGUUUUCUCUGAGAGAUUAUCUGUUGCCCAGCUGAAGCAGAACGAAAAGGAAGCAGCAGUUCAAGCCGCCGAAGCCGAGUUUAACCGGUUGAACCGCAGAGUUCAAGAACUAGAAGAGGACCUGGAGAAUACGGAGACCAAGUGUCAAACCGCCAUUGUCAAGCUCGACAAGGCGGCGACCACAGCCGACGACAGCGACCGAAUGUCGAAGGUUCUGCAGAACAGAGCCUCCGACGACGAAAAGAAGAUGCAGACCCUGGCCGAGCAGUUGAAGGAAGCCCAGAAGAUGGCCGAGGACGCUGACAAGAAAUACGAUGAUGCCUCCAAGCAGAUGCACACCUGCGAGGCUGCUCUAGAAGUAAGCGACGAGCGCGCGUCUGUCGGCGAGUUCAAGAUCGUCGAGCUGGAGGAGGAACUAAAGGUUGUGGCAAACAACUUGAAGUCCCUGGAGGUGAGCGAGGACAAGGCAAACCAGAGGGAGGAGUACUACAAGGAAGAGAUCAAGAGAGUAACAGCUAAACUGAAGCAAAACGAGACAAGAGCCGAGUUCGCGGAGAGGUCUGUUCAAAAACUACAGAAAGAGGUUGACCGUCUUGAAGAUGAGCUGGUUGGAGAACAGGAGAAGUUUAAAGCAAUUACAGAAGAACUGGAUCAAACCUUUGCUGAGAUGUCAGGAUACUAAACCCUCCUCAGGAUCCUACUGAACCAUGGAGGACAUAGAUAAAACUGAACUGAACAAUGCUUAGGGUCCUACCCAACCCUGCACCCUGCUCAGGGUCCCAGACUGAACAUGCUCGGAGUCCUCCUUAACAUCCACAUUUAAAACAUGAACUCCGUUCUUUUUUUUCAUCAUAAUCUGAAAUUUGUUGUUAUAUAUUUUCCAAUCAAACACGAAAAAGUAUCUUAGUUUUUCCCAAAGAAAAAAAUUGUAACCUUAAUAAUGUUUUUAUUUUAAAUUUUAGUUAAAUCUAAUAAUUUCAAGUUUACAUAAAAUCUUAAAUUUUGAUACUUAUUCGAUUUCUUAAAUUGUUCCUAAACUAUGUUCCUAAACUGAAAUGAUAAGAUAUAAAUAUAUUGAAAAAUGCCAUUCCAGUAGACAUCCGGGUUUAAUAAAAAACCGGGAAAACUAGAUAAAACCAACCCGAAGUAUAGAUAGAUAUUAUUUCAAGAAAAAUCCAGAAAAAUAUAGAAUUUGAAUAUCUUUUCACUUCAAUACCACAUAUACAUCAUUUCAUCAAGUUUCAAAAUCCAGUUUUGCGCCUUAACAAACAAAAUAAAACUUUUAUUUAUUUUCA